CCUGAAAAGUGACAUCACGUUGUUCACCUGCAUUACUGCGUUCUACUGAACGUUGUAGGUGUUACGUUGCUUUUUAUUCUAUAUAUAUUUAAGUGCCUCUUAAUUAAAGUGUUUAAUGGGUUCCUCUGCUCGUCUCAGACCUUACAUGAAUGAUAACGGACCAUUAAUUCUGGAUGGCGGACUGGCAACUGAACUGGAAGCGCAGGGAUUUAAAUUACAGGGAGACCCUCUGUGGAGCGCCAGGCUUCUGCACACUGACCCCCAGGCCAUCAGAGAAGCCCACUACAGGUUUCUCCUCAGUGGAGCGGAUGUUAUCACAACAGCUACGUACCAGGCGAGUAUUUCUGGAUUCAUUAAACACCUGGACGUGAGCAGUGAACGCGCCAGAGAGCUGCUGAUGUCUGGAGUUCAUCUCGCCAAAGAGUCCGUGGACAGAUUCGUCUCCGACACUCGUCCAGCAGGACCGAGGCGUCCGCUGGUGGCCGGCUCUGUUGGACCGUACGGGGCCUUUCUGCUCGACGGCUCCGAGUACACCGGGGAUUAUGCAGCGGAGAUGAGUGUUGAAGGUUUUAAAGUUUGGCAUCGGCCUCAGAUCGAAUGCUUAGCGGCUGCAGGAGUCGACCUCGUCGCCUUUGAGACGAUCCCGAGUCUGAAGGAGGCGCAGGCUCUGCUGGAGCUGCUCAGAGAGUUCCCCAACACCAACGCCUGGCUGUCCUUCUCCUGCAGGGAUGGGCAGCGGAUAUCAGACGGCGGUGCGUUCAAAGACGCGGUGCAGAUUGUGAACAGAUCCACGCAGCUGGUUGCCGUCGGGGUGAACUGCUGCUCCCCGGAGCUGCUGGAGCCGCUGCUGGCCUCUGCAGGAUCCCUGCGCACAGACGCCAGCUGGGUGGUGUACCCCAACAGUGGAGAGGACUGGGACUCUGAGCACGGGUGGCGAACGUCAGAGAAAGCGUCCGCAUCCAUACCUGCUCUCAGCCACACGUGGAUGAAGCAAGGCGCCGCUUUGAUCGGUACGUUUCUCUUUAAGUUUCUCCUGUUUUUAUGAGUUUUCUCUGACGAGUUUGUUCUUCUCCUUCUUCUUCUCUUCUUCUUCUUCUUCUUCUUCUUCUCUCUUCUCUUCUUCUUCUUCUUCUCCUACUUUCUUUCU